AUGGGGAUGGUUUAUGAAGACAUGGCUUCUCUUUCUCUUUGCUCCAACUACACUCUCACCCCCUCCGCAGCCAGCUGGGGCUUCCCCUAUGAGGAGCACCCCACUCACAACAGUGAUCUUGCGGAGGGUACUACAAAAGGUUCUGAUAGCAGCGAAGAUAAUGGGGUUAUUGGAGAAAACAAUAACAACAACAACAACCCUAAUAAUAAAGAGGGAGAGAGUAGUAGCGGACAGUCAAAGCUUUGUGCAAGAGGUCACUGGAGACCAGCAGAAGAUUCAAAACUGAAGGAGCUUGUUGCUCUUUACGGCCCUCAGAACUGGAACCUCAUAGCUGAAAAGCUAGAAGGAAGAUCAGGGAAGAGUUGUAGACUGAGAUGGUUCAACCAGCUUGAUCCGAGAAUAACGAGGAGAGCUUUCAGUGAAGAAGAGGAAGAGAGGCUGAUGCAGGCUCAUAGGAUUUAUGGCAACAAAUGGGCCAUGAUUGCAAGGUUGUUCCCUGGAAGAACCGAUAACGCGGUUAAGAAUCAUUGGCAUGUUAUUAUGGCUAGAAAGUAUAGGGAACAAUCCAGUGCUUAUAGGAGAAGAAGGCUCACACAAUCAAACAACUUUUACAGAAGAAUUGACCAUAAUAGUAAUAAUAAUAAUAAUAAUGUAUCAUCAGAAUCAUCACCACCACCACACUGUUUUGUGGCUGGCUUCUCAUCACUACCGUUUCAUGGUGGUGUUCUUGACUUUGGUGCCAAUAAUAAGCCUUAUGCUGCUGUUGCUUCCUCUUCUUCUUCCACCUUCAAUUUCUUCUCUGGAGGUAGAGGCAAUAAUAAUAAUACUAGUGAGAUGGUAGGAGGAGAGUAUUAUUAUGGAAGUAAUCAUCAUCAUCAUUAUAAUCAGCAGCAAGCACAUAAUAAUAAUCAUGCUUACUACACUCGUUAUCCUAAUCAUCAGUAUAUGAUGAUGAUGAUGCCAUCAGUGCAACAGCAUCAAAACAACAACCAUAACAAGAAUUUUUACAGCUUCUCAUCAAAUUCAAGCACCACAGUAGCACAGGUGCUAGGCAGUGAUCCUUCACUAUCAUCCAUGGCAGAACAACAACACAGAGAUCAUGAAGAAGCCAGUGACCCCCCAACAACAAUCCCAGAGCCUCCGUUAUUUAUUGACUUCCUUGGAGUAGGAGCCACAACAUGAAUGAAACCAAAGUUUCUUUUUAUAUUUAUUAGAAAUUUAGAACCCAAAAAAAAAAAAGAAAAAAAAGAAAAAAAAAGCUGCAAGCCUUUAUUUCCAGCGGAGGAUUCUCAAUAUAGGUGUGGUCCAACAUUUGCUUAGAAGCCAUUCGAGGUAAA